UGUUGUUGAGGAAACUCCAUCUCAGUUCGUCAGCGUGACUGCUGGGGCCGGAUUUACUGCCUUCUGUUCUACGUGGGAGCGCUGGAUUUAAAGGUGACCCGCGCCUUCGGCACCACCUCCCAGCACGGGACCGCGGAUCUUGUGGGAGCCAUGGAGACCCAAACCAGCGGGGGCCACGGCGUCUGCCUGCUCACCGGGACAAGCUGAGCGGAGGAGCCGCACUGCCGUCUGCUGGGGGGCCGACUACCAGCCGCCCGCCUGCUGAGCAAACAGCUUUCCCACAGUUUGGACCUCGCGGGGAGUUCGGGGUCAAAAUGAGAAACUCCAGCCACCUGGCCAGACUGAGGGUGCUGCUUUUCCUGCUCACCUGCCCCCUGCUGGCCAUGAUAGAGGCUGCGGCUGGUAAGGGCGAGGGCGGGCGGCUUGGGGAGGGCACCCCGGACAGGUGCAUGAGACACCACUUUGUGGAGACCAUCACCCAUCCUAUCUACAAGUGCAACUCCAAGAUGGUGCUGCUGGCACGCUGUGAGGGCCACUGCAGCCACACGUCACGCUCGGACCCCCUGGUCUCCUUCAGCUCUGUACUCAAGCAGCCCUUCAAGAACAGCUGCUCCUGCUGCCGGCCCAAUACGUCCAAACUGAAGGCUGUGCGCCUGCGCUGCACCGGCGGCUCCCGCAUUACUGCCACCUAUCGCUACAUCCUGGCCUGCCGCUGCGAGGACUGCAGCUGAGCUCCAGAAGGGGGCGGGACCUCCUGUCCCAGGAGGAAAAGGCGGCAGAAAACCUGGUGGAGUUACUCUGCUCGGGCUGCCACAACCACGCGAUGUGCAUCUUCAGCACUCUGCGUGCCGGUGAGAACUCCGGAAAAUUUCCAGAAGAAUGCUGAGACGUAAAAAGCACUGGCCAGCAUCAGUGACUCAUUUCUCUGCCAGUCCAUUAAUAUUUAAUGCAUUUCCAUGCUUUGAUCUGUGCAAGUGAAGGAAUUAAGAAGCCUGGCAAUGAACACCCUGCCAUCAUACAUCAUGUUGCUGUGGCACCGUAUCCCUCCGCCCAGGAAGUGACCUAAUCGCUGUGCAAGGCCUCAUAAAUGUUGGAACAUUGCUGGCAGGGACAGGGUGCAUUGUGGGUACAGGGUCUUGACAGUUGUUUUUGAGCAGCUGUUUGUUGAAGCAACUGUGAAUGUUUUUCACGCAGUCCAAUGCCUCAAACAUAUAUUCCACACAACUACUCUUUUGAUUUUUUUUGUUGUUGUUUAUUGUUAUUGUUAGUUUUGUUAUCAUUUCAAUAAUUGUUAUAAGUGAUAACUUUACAAAUAUUAGUACCCUGUUACUAGGAGGAUUUCAGUGAGAGAACCUGAGCAUUCGAAUAAAUGAGUUAAAAACUGAAACAAGUACUGAGCUAUUAAAAGAACAACCUGUAGCAUGCAGUUCAUGCGGCUCCGUCGCCUCAAUGCGGCAUGCAUUACCUGCACCGAGCAUUACUGUUCAUCAAAGGAUAUCCAUGCACUUUAUUACAGGCUAUCAGGAAUGAAAGUCAUUCCGCUGGGGGGGGUUAAAAACCCUCCGGACACAAAUGCCCUUGCAGUCUUCUCCCAACUUUUCUGACUGCAGUGAAAUUCCUGCACAGAAAUUGACUUGUUUGUGCAAAGCAACUUCAAUUUAAAUUCAGCAUGCGACGAAAUAACCAGAAUCCUGCAGACAUACUUCUUUUGUUGCGUAAAAUUUCACCUCAUUGUGUCAGCUGUCGACUUAAAACGUCCUCAAAUUCUCUAAUACAAUGUGGCUUUGGUCGGGGGGAUAAUUUAGUCAUCAGCUGAUCUGACAGCACAACAGAUUGAACAUAAUGCCUGUCACUUAAAAUGCACGGGUGAAUGGCGUACACAGCACGUGUCCAAAGAUGUGCUAACGUGGUAUGUACAGUAUGUGGA